UCAAGUUAGUCUCUAGAUUCCAGAAUUCAAAUCAAACAAAACAUAACCAACAAAAUGUUUAAAAAUUAAAUUUUACUAUAAAUAAAAUGACUACAAUAAAAUUUCUAAUAAGGGGGAGAUCUUAUAUAGUGCCAUGUCGAUAUUAUGCUACUACCAAGAAAAAGAUACCCGUUCCAGAUGAAGAGGAGCAGCUACCAAUAUUUCAAUACCCGGUAAGCAAGACUUCAGACCGGCGAGUGUAUGUCUGGGGGAUGGCAGAGACUGGAGCCCUGGGCAUUCAUCUGCCAAGGGGCAACAAGGGGAAGAAGCCGUAUAAAAACAAUAUCUCCUAUGCUUGGCAUCCCAUGCGGUCUUCAUUCGGAGAAAGAUUUGAUGUUUCGCAUGUGGCCUGCGGGUAUGGCUUCACAGUGGCCUCUGUAAAAACAAACGACCAACACAAGGUGUUUGGCACAGGCAUCAACACGGACUCUCAGAUUGGUUACCAUGCGCCAAGGGCCGGGCAUCCUCUGGAAUUGCUACUGAGCCCUGCACCUAUUUAUAUACCUUAUAAAUCUUUAGAGACAAAGGUCAUAGGAGUGGACGCGGGUCGCGCGCACUCUGCCAUUCUCACCGACAAAGAAGGCGUGUUCAUGCUCGGCAACAACGCAUACGGUCAGUGCGGCCGCCGCAUCAACCCCAAAGAAGAGUACCGCGGAAGCAUGCUGUCUCACAACAUCCGGACGCUGGGGAACGAGACCAUCACCAGUGUGUGCUGCGGACAGGAUCAUACGUUGUAUCUGACGUCGUCGGGCAAGGUGUACUCGUGCGGCUGGGGCGCGGACGGACAGACGGGGCUGGGCAGCUACGAGGCGCAAGCGACGCCGGCGCGCGUGCGCGGUGACGUCACCAGCGAGCGCGUCGUCAAGCUCGCCUCCGCCGCCGACUGUGUGCUCGCGAUUAAUGACCAAGGCGAGCUGUUCGGCUGGGGCAACUCAGAGUACGGACAGAUCCCGAUGAGCAGCCAGCAGCAGCAGGUCAACAUGUCGUACGCUCUGGUCACCUUUACCAAGGGCCUCGGCAAGAUUGUCGACGUCGCUGCCGGCGGCUCCUUUUGUCUUAUUGUCAAUGAACACGGCGACGUCUUCGUAUGGGGUUACGGACUACUAGGCCUCGGGCCUAAUGUGCAACACACAGCGAAGCCCAAGCAAAUCCCCGCGGCACUGUUCGGCCGCAACGAAUUCAACCCUGAAAGCUGUGUGAAGCGAGUGGCGUGCGGCAUCAGCCACCUCGCCGCCAUCUCCAGCGCCGGCGACCUCUACACGUGGGGCCGCAACAGGCACGGCUGCCUCGGGCUGGGCGGCGCCGCCGACCAACACUUCCCGCUGCGGGUGUCCAUUGGCGCUCACGUGCUAAAUGUCUCAUGCAGCGUAGACCAUACUAUUGCGUUGUGCAAACCGUUUACAUGAUUUGGUUAUUAAAGACUGUUAUUUAUUAGCGA